CCGUGUGCUGUGGAAAAUCCCAAGUACGACUGAGCGGCUUCAGUGCGCGUCCAACUCUCGCCCAGUCCAGACGAACUAUCGGACAACUGCCAUCAUUUUUCUUCUCUAAACUCACAUACCACAACUCUAGUAGUGCUCUCGCUCGCCUUUCUAUUUGCCCACCCCUCUCUCUCCCGCGUGUGUGUGUGUGUGUAGUAGUAUAUUUUCGGUUGAGACACACGCAUCAUCAUUUUGGCUGGCGGGUCGUGUGUGUUUGACUAUUUGUCGAGUGUGCGCACUUGCGUCGUCUGCCUCCACUGCCAACACGGUACAAGCAAUCCGCCGUCUGAUGUUGCUAGGCUGCUGCCGGGGCAACAACACACACAUGAUCGUGCAUCUCUCCACAUCACCUUUGAGCUGCUUUGCCCAGUUCUUUUUCGUUUUUCUUUUAUUUCUGGUCGGGGAGUAAAGAAAUAGACGACGCUUCGCUUGGACACACAACCUUCGACCGAAAUCAGCACAAAAAAAGGGGUUCAGAUUGCGCUGCUGCUGCUGCUGCCCUAUGGCGCGCCGACGACCAGCAGUCCUGUUGCCAUACGCUCCCAAAGACCUGACACGCUCGUGUGUGUGACUCGCAUCAAAACUUUGGCGUUAAUCUAAACGAAUCAGAUUCGACGAAAAAAAUAUAAAAAAAAAGAGGCAAAAGCGCGAGCGCCGUGUGUGACGCUGUUUUGGAUUUUUGGAUUGCAUCACUUCGUACCUGUCGACCCGACGAAAGAAUAUGACACUAACGCAAUCCCCUUCGUCGUCGUCAUUAUUAGGCAGUGUCGUCGUUGAUUACAAGCCGAGUGUUUAAGUGUUUGUUGUUAUCGCGCGUUCGUUUGAUUGGACUUGGUUUUGAUUAAAGACAAUCGAAAGAAAAAAGGGAAAAAAUGGCUCACGCUCAUUUGGAUUUGGAUUUGGACUCGAAUUUUGAGCCGCAGCAGCGGGCCAGGUCCAACACGUGGCCGCUGCCGCGCCCGGAGAAUUACGUCGAGAUCAAGGAGGAGCCGUGCGAUGUGGACUCGCUGUGCGGCGGACACGGCGGCGGUGGUGGAAUGGGCGGCCUGGUCGGUGGCAGCAUGGGCCUGAACAUGGGCAGUCCCAUGGACUCGAUCAAGUUGCUGGACGGCUCCUGUGGGUCGGCGGCCGGCAGUGCGGCCGCAGCGGCGGCGGCGGCGGCCAAGAAGAAUUCGAGCCGUCGCAACGCUUGGGGCAACAUGUCGUACGCCGAUUUAAUCACGCAGGCCAUCCAAUCGUCGUCGGAGAAGCGGCUGACCCUGUCGCAAAUCUACGACUGGAUGGUCCAGAACGUGCCCUACUUCAAAGACAAGGGCGACAGCAACAGUUCGGCAGGAUGGAAGAAUUCGAUUCGCCACAAUUUGUCGCUGCACAAUCGGUUCAUGCGGGUGCAGAACGAAGGGACGGGCAAAUCGUCUUGGUGGAUGAUCAACCCGGACGCCAAGCCCGGCAAGUCGGCCCGACGCCGAGCCACUUCCAUGGAAACUUCGAAAUACGAAAAGAAGCGAGGACGAGUCAAAAAGAAGGUUGAAGCUUUAAGAGCGGGUUUGAUGACGACGCCGUCGCCCAGUUCGUCCGUUUCGGAGGGACUGGACAUGUUCCCCGAGUCGCCGCAUCUUCACCACCCGCUGUCCCUCUCGCACGGAGGUCAUCCGCACUAUCAGCUGCAGCAGCUCAGCCCGGGUGAUUUCCGGCCCAGAGCUUCGUCCAACGCCAGUUCGAUUGGCCGCCUCUCGCCUAUUCCCGCCGUGCCGGAAUCCGAAGUGCAGGACAGCCCGUGGAGUCCGCAGGACUAUCCGUCUUCGUCCGACAUUUACGGCCAGCCGGGCAAUGGCGGCGGUGGUGGCGGCAACACCAGCGACCGAUUCUACGACCCGGAUCAGCUGGUCGACAACAUCGCCGAAAGUAUGAAAAUCCGCGAAAACGGAUUCCUGGCUCCUUCGUCCACCUCUGGCAAGUCAUCGGCAUCCAACGGGCCGGCCAAUGUCCAGCACAAACGACAGCAGCAGCAGCAGCAGCAGUCGCCGUCGUCGUCAUCAGGAAACAACAGCAACAGCAACGGCUACGGUCUCUGCCAUCCGCCUAGUUACGCGUCACCUUACUCGAGUCAGACGGCCCAACAAGAUUACCACUCGCUGGGCGGUUCGUCAUCUUCAUCGUCGUCGACUUCGUCGGUGAGGACAGUGUCUUCCGGGCUGGGGCGGUCACCCAAAAUCAUCAACGAUGCGCCAAAUGCUCCGCCACCUUAUUCCAUGGCCACCCUGCAGGGCCUGUCUCCGUCCCACAAUCUACAUUCACUUUCACCUCCGCUGUUGCUGGAUCAGCAGCAGCACAACAGUUGCAACAGUAGUGGUGGUGGACUUGUGAGCAACGUCGGGUACGGCGGCUCGGGCGGCCUGCCCGUUUUGGGCCGCUUCUGCACCUCGUCGCAGUCGGGUUUGGUGAACUUGGCGGCGGCCAACAAUUGCAACGCCCUCGGGAGUGGCUCCGGUUUGCUGCGGGCCGCCCUGGCCCAGGGCAACGGCAGUUCCAGUCACAGCCCCAGUCCGCCGGAGCACAUCCGCCAGCACGAGUCGGAGUCGACGCCGACUCCGUCGCAAGUCAUGAGCCACCUGAUGGGCGUCCUCAACAACAACGGCGUCGUGUCCGGCUUGAUGCCCAACGACCUGGACUUGAACCUGGACUCGCUGCAGGGCGGAUUCGAGGAUUGCAACGUCGACGAAGUCAUCAAGCACGAGCUCAGCAUGGACGGCUCUCUCGACUUUAAUUUCAGCCAGCACCAGCAGCUCAUGCAACAGCAGCAGCAGCAGCAGCAGCAGUACCAGCUGGGCUUGCAGCAGCAGCAACAACACCACCACCACCACUACCUGCAGCAGCACCACCUGAGCCACCACCACCAAUCGCAGCCGGCCGUCAACAGUGGCGAUUUCAACAAUUUAGGCCACUUUGGUACGUCUUCGAGUUCUGUUCCGGCUCCCGGUGGCACACUGUCAUCCUCAGUUGUCUCCUCACAGCCUCCGCCACUGUGCUCUUUGGCAGCUCUGGCGCCUGGGAGAUCCUGGGAGGACUUUUAAGCAGAGCGUACUAUCCUCGUGAUAUGAGCAGCUCAAAAUUUAUCAAAAGAUAACGACCAGCUGAAUUGAUUUGCCGUCAAAACUAUUGAAACCGCCGAUAGAACCGAUUUCAACUUGCACUUUCUCACAGCCAUGUUCCGAUUUGUAUGGUUUUUUUUUUGGUUUUUUUUAAUGGCGUACUAUUGUUACCGUGUGUAAUUUUUGAUCUGUUAUACCGACGGACAUGCUCUAAUAGCCAAGUUCGCUAUUUUUGCCCGGGUCUUUAAAUGCAGAUUCAACGGUUAAUGCCCCGGCACAACAACACCUACAAUUUUUCAUUUGUUAAUAGCUUCAGAAAUUAAAUUGCUCUCUCAUGCGAUUGGUGGUCGAUGCAUCUUUAAAUGGGUUAAUAAUUUUAUUCAUUCAAUUUUAUAGUGAGGAAAACGGUUGUGGGAAACUUGAAAGGGCAAGGCGAACCAAAUAUGUUGUAUGUCAUAUAUAUCAUUAUGUAAGAUACACACACACACACACAUUUAAAAAAAAAAAACCACAAGUAUAACAAAAAUAUUUUAGGGGAAAUUUUUUUUUUUAGUAAGUCUGACCCAUCGUUUGUGACUUGAUUCGAAUUUGAAAGGCGCGGUUGUAUUUUUAAACGUGCGCGGUUUAUAUUGUAGGCUAUACAUCUAUUUUGUGGAGCUUAGAUUUACAUUGCCAGCCACUAUAUAUCUUGACGAAUACAACAGGCAUCCGUAUGUAUUGUUCAAAUCGACGCGCUGCUUCGCUGCAAGCGACAAAUGUAAAAUUUCCACAAUACGUUCAUCUGUUCCUAAUACGUACAUCUUGGGGUUUUUACAAAAACAGAGACAGGUGUAGGGAAAUUUGGCGCUUAGUCUAUGAUGUUUCACUAUAGCGUUGGCGAAUCAGGAUUUUGUUUUAUGUUUAAUUCUAAUUUUUUUUUUUUAUGAAGGGGGGGGGUGCGGACUAGGCUAUGCUCUGCGUGAGUAUAUUGUCUCUUUUGUAUUUACAACUUGUGCGGUUAUUUAGGCAGAUUAACAUUACAAUGAUUUUUGAGUCAGGUUCGCAUCGAAAAUUCGAAAGUCUAACAUUUCCUUAAAAAAAACGAUCGUUUUCAGAAGAUUAUUAUCCAGACUCAAUUGUUCACACUGUUUAUUGCUAAGUUACAGUUUGCCUCUAUCUAUGUUCAGAUUUGUUUUCCUUGUCGGAUAACACUUUAUCGAUCGCCAUGUCUCAGGAAAAUGAACCAACUAGCAAGAUCGAGAUAAAUUUAAAUUUAAAAUUUGAGUUUAUAUUCAAAAGUAAGCUAAAUACAGCCAACGGGAAUUCAAAUGUCAAUCGUUUUCUCAUGGUUUGGAUGGGUUGAAAUAUUCAUGAUUGCUAGUGUCUGUAAAAAUGUUGUGCCCUUGCAUAAAAAAAAAAACUGAAACACAAAAAAAAAAUAUAAAUUUUUUUUUGAACGCAAAGUACAUUACCUGAUCUACAAUGCUUCCCGAAUCGGCAAAGUUAUUUGUUUUAAGACAACAAGAAUUUCCUAAUGUUGGAUAAAUUCAUUUGUUUCAUUUGUUUGCAAAAUUGUUCUUAAUUGUAACUUUCUACCCCCCACGGAUCAUUUUUUGUUUGUUUUCUGUUUUUUUCUGUGUUUGCUAUCCCCGCCAAAUAGUUUUCUUUAUCACGCUGUAUAUUAUGAUGUCAUCAUAAGCUCAAAUGUUGAGACAAAUGUCAUGGGCUACGACAUUGACUGGAAUUCAUGCACAGUUCUGUACUAUCGCGUUUCCCCCCUGUUCCAUUUGCAUUCUUUGUACAUAUUCAGAAGGAGAUAAAUAAUUAGUUCAAAAAAACUGA